AUGGCCAUCAGAUACCUCAUCCUGCUCUCGCGGCAGGGCAAAGUGCGUCUGGCCAAAUGGUUCACCACCCUCUCGCCCAAGGAGAAGGCAAAGAUCAUCAAAGAUGUCUCGCAGCUCGUGCUGGCUCGUCGGACACGCAUGUGCAACUUUCUCGAGUACAAAGACACCAAAGUAGUCUACCGCCGCUACGCCUCCCUCUUCUUCAUCGCCGCCACCGACACGACUGACAACGAACUCAUCACCCUCGAAAUCGUGCACCGCUACGUCGAACAGAUGGACAAAUACUACGGCAACGUCUGCGAACUCGACAUCAUCUUCAACUUUCAGAAAGCCUACUUCAUCCUCGACGAGCUGCUGCUGGCUGGCGAAAUGCAAGAGAGCUCGAAGAAGAACGUGCUGAGAGUGAUCGGUGCGCAGGAUGGGCUUGAGGACAUGGAGGUGAGUGAAGACAGCAGUCUGACGGGAAGCCACGUGUAG